AUGGGCCUGUGGCAGCUGAACCUUGGCUGCCUGUUGCUGCUGGGGCUGGCGGCCUGCACCGCUUCGCAGGGGCCCGAGAGCCUGGAGUUUGGCCUGCCUGCCUCCCACUAUGAGACGGAGACCACGCGCGAGCCCCUGGCCUUGCGCCUGCUCUACGGGAUGGCCCGCAACUUCCUGCACGUGGUCCUGCCCCGGCCUUUCCCAGAAGAUGCUAUAAGAAAAAUACUACAGAAGAAGUUUGACUUCUUAAAUAAUUGCAAAGAGAUCGUCAUCUAUGAGGUCGGGGUUAUUUUUUGCGUCGCCCUGGGCCUGCUCUUUGUGAUUCUGAUGCCUUCGGUGGGCUUCUGCUUCAGUGUGUGUCGCUGCUUUAACAAGUGUGGUGGCGAAAUGCACCAGCGACAGAAGAAAAACGGGCCUUUCCUGAAGAAGUGCUUCACGGUCUCCCUCUGGGCCAUCUGCAUCUGCGUGAGCUUUGGCAUCUUGUGUGGCUUUCUGGCCAACCAACGCCUCCGGACACAAAUCAAGAGGAGUGGGAAUCUCGUCAACAGCAACUUCAAAGACAUCAGAAUGCUCGUGAAUGAAAUUCCAGAGCAAAUCAAGUAUGUGACCAGCCAGUUUAACACCACCAAGACAAGGGUGUUCACAGAUCUGGACAAUAUUAAGUCCCUGCUUGGAGGAGGAAUCCAAGAACAGCUGAGACCUAGAGUGACCCCCGUUCUGGACAACAUCAUGGCCAUGGCAGAAAGUGAGUGGCUCCCAUCUUUAGAUAAACACAUCAACAGUGUUAAUGAUAUUCUUCGGACAGAUUUGUCUGGCCUGGUUCAAAAGGCCAAAAAAUCCUUUGAUGAUAUACCUGAGAUGGUGCAACAGCAAACCAUGGACAUCAUAUCAGAUGUCAAAAGUACCUUGAACUCCAUCAGUUCAAACAUUGACAAAAUGAGUGAACAGAUUCCUUUUCAGAAUAAGCUGUCCAUUUUCUUGGAUUACAUUAAUCGCACUGAAACUUACAUCAACCACUAUUUACCCUUAGUGGAAAAAUAUGAUAUGUACAGGUGGCUGGGCGGCCUGAUCAUCUGCGAGGUGCUGACCAUCAUCGUGGUCUUUUAUUGCCUGGGCUUGCUGUGUGGCACGUUGGGCUAUGACCCGAAGGCCACCCCGGCCACGCGAGGCUGCGUCUCGAACACGGGCGGCCUCUUCCUCAUGGUUGGGGUUGGACUCAGCUUCCUCGUCUGCUGGAUAAUCAUGGCCGUCGUGGUUUUUACCUUUAUCGUUGGAGGAAACGUGCAAAAGCUGGUCUGUGAGCCUUACCAAAACAGGAAGUUAUUCCAGCUUUUGGAUACGCCAUAUUUGAUAAACGAGAAAUGGAAAUACUAUCUCUCUGGCCUGGUAUUAAACAACCCAAAUAUUACUCUCACUUUUGAACAAGUUUACAGUGAUUGCAAAAACAAUAGAGGCAUUUAUUCGACCUUGAAGCUGGAGAACAUGUUUAACAUCAGUGAGCAUCUCGACAUUCAGAAGCAUACCAGCAGCAUAAGCAAGGGAUUUGAAAACCUGCACAUAAAUGUUAACAAUAUCGUUCUGCUGGAUGAUGCAGGAAGAAAAAGCCUCAGGGAUUUCAGUUCUUCAGGAGUUGACAAAAUAGAUUAUUACUCCUACCUGGCUGAGACGAGUAAAACCCCGACACAGGUGGAUCUCUCAGCAUUUGCCAAUGAUCUGGAUGCGAAGGUCAGGACAUUGCCCCCUGGGAACUUGAAAGAUUCUCUAAAAACCCACGUGCAAACUCUUAGAAACCUUCACCAGGACCAAGUCGUUCCUUUGCAACAAACCAUGGACUCUGCACACCGAAGCGUGAAGGAGCUUCAGGGAGUCACCAGUGGCUUGGAGGCGAAGGUGAACACCAUCCUGGCCUCUCUGGAGUCUGCGCAGGAUUUCAUCACAAACCGCAUUUCCUCUAUUAUAGUGGAGGAAAGCAAGCAGUACACAGAGAGAGUAAUAAUAGGGUCCUUUGAACGUUACCUGCACUGGGUCAAGAACACGGUCACAGAGCAGAUAGCAUCCUGCAGACCCGUGGCCAACACCUUGGAUUCUGCUGUUGACGUCUUCCUGUGUAGCUACGUGACCGACCCGGUGAAUCUGUUCUGGUUCGGCAUGGGAGCAGCGAGCAUGCUUUUAAUCCCGGCCCUCAUUGUUGCCGUGAAGCUGGCCAAGUACUAUCGUUGCAUGGAUUCGGAGGACGUGUAUGAGGAUUUUGAAACCGCACCUGUGAAAAUUAUGAAAAAUAGUAAUACAGAUUUGCACAGGCAUCACCCCAAUGGGACUGUGUGAACAAAGUCUCUAAACUGUGCAAGAGUCUUCGAUCCCAGCGUUGUUAAGGAUGAGGUGGGAAACCCUCCCUCAGACGGUCCCAGAGCUUAGCGCCGGCCCUGGAGAAGCAGAAGCUGUGAACGACCUUCCAACUCCCGGCUGUGCCUCCACCCUGAGUCCUCGCCCUGGUGAAGGCUUCAUCGGCCGCCCUGUUCAUUUCCAGGCGCGUCUCUGGACGCAACCUGAGCCGGCCGCGUGCUUUCGCGGGGUGCGGGAGACGUGGUGCCAGCUAGCCGAGCGCGGCGGGUGUGUCCGCAAUAAAGAAUGAUCAGGAGCGCGCCU